AUGAAGACUGCCAUCCUUGCCUCCCUCAUUGCCAGUGCCGCUGCUUUUGCCCCAGCCCAACAAGGAGCCCACUCCAGCACUCCUUCUUCGUCCCUUCAAGCCAAGGAUUAUGCCAGUGAAGUCGGUGUCCAAGCUCCCCUUGGUCUUUGGGAUCCUUUGAACAUCCUGGACAGUGCCAGUGAAGAAAAGUACGAUCGCCUUCGUGCUACCGAGAUCAAGCACGGCCGCGUUGCCAUGUUGGGUGUUGUUGGAUACCUUGUCACGUAUGCCGGUGUCCGCUGGCCUGGAUUGGAGGAGGUUCCCGCCGGUUGGGCCGCCUGGAAGGCCCUUCCCGACGAGGUGGUUGGACAAAUGGUUGCCUCUUGGAUCUUUAUGGAGAUUGCCAACAGAGACCAAACUGGCGAUGCUGAAUUCGAUGGUGACUUCCGCAAUGGAUACCUUGACUUUGGCUGGGACAGCCAAUCUGCGGAAUGGAAGGCCAAGAAGAGAGCCAUUGAAUUGAACCAAGGACGUGCCGCACAAAUGGGACUUCUUGGACUUAUGGUCCACGAUGCCAUGGGCAAUGUUGGAGCCAUCCUUCCCCUUGCCAAGUAA